AUGGCGACUCAGCAAUUGGUGGCAGACAACAAACAAGGAGCCGAAGUUCACCAUGGUGCCACCCUCUGCAAGCAAAAGUUGUUUGAACUUCUCGACGAAUUCAACCUUCCCAAAGGCCUUUUGCCGCUCAACAACCUCACCGAGAUGGGCUAUAACCGCGCCACCGGCUUCCUGUGGGCCAAGCAAGACCAACGUUAUGAGCACGACUUCAAGGCCAUCAAUCGUGUCGUUACGUAUGACACCGAAGUGUCGGCGUUUAUUGAGGAGCGUCGGAUGCAUAAAAUUAACGGGGUGAAAACUAAAGAGCUUCUGUUACGGGUGAAAAUUGUCGAGAUGUCUAUUGAUAAUCCCAAUUCCGGCAAAGUCAAUUUCUGCAGUGCCGCCGGGCUGGGUAAGACCUUCCCUCUCUCGGCUUUCGAGCUCGAGGAGAAGAAGGACCAAAAGGAACAAAAGUGA